AGAAACUCGGAGGGAAGAUGGCGGACGCGGUGAACGUCGGUGUGAAUCUGGACGCGUUUAAUCACGCGAUCAGCGGCGUGCACGCGCUUCGCUCCAGCGUCACGCGCGUCUUUGAAUGUCUCCGAGACGGACUGAAGCUCCGAGAAAGUCUCGAGUCCCGAGAAAAACAGUUUGUGCAGGAGUUUCAGGAGCAUCUGCAGGCGGUCAACAGGGACCUGAAUGAGUUGGAGCGGCUCAGCGGAUUGGUCGGUCGGCCGUCAGAGUCCCACCCCCUCCACAACAGCGGACUCCUGAGUCUAGACCCGGUCCAGGACAAAACCCCCCUGUACUCACAGCUCCUGCAGGCCUACAAGUGGUCCAACAAGCUCCAGUUCCAUGCAGGUCUGGCCUCCAGUUUGUUGAACCAACAGUCACUCAAACGCUCGGCCAAUCAGAUGGGAGCAUCGGCCAAGAGGCGGCCCAAAGUCCAGCCCUCCACUUUAGUCCUCCCCCCACAAUAUGUGGAUGAUGUGAUCUCUAGAAUCGGGCGUAUGUUUCCGGAUCUGUCCAUAGAACUGUUCCGACCCAACGGAACGUCUGCAGUUCUGCUGGUGAGCCUGGGGAAGGUGUUGAAGGCCGUGGUGGUGAUGAGGUCACUUUUCAUCGACAGAACCAUCGUCAGAGGAUUCAACGAAAACCACUACAGCCCCGACGGAAAGCUGGACCUCUGGACCAAAUCCCAGUACCAGGUCUUCCAGAAGGUGACAGACCACGCCACCACAGCUCUGCUCCACUACCAGCUGCCCCAGAUGCCCGACGUGGUGGUCCGCUCCUUCAUGACGUGGUUGCGCAGUUACAUAAAGCUGUUUCAGUCGCCGUGCCAACGCUGCGGCCGCUUCCUCCAGGACGGACUCCCCCCGACGUGGAGGGACUUCAGGACCCUGGAGGCCUUCCACGACACCUGCCGCAUGUGACACCUGCCGCACCUGCCCCCUGCACCUGCCGCACUCUCCCUGUCACUGGCUGAUUUCUCUUGGUUGUUCACACUGAGCAUGCCCAGAUCCUACGGCGCUGCUGUUGCCGUAGUAACCACACGUGUCUGUAUAGUUUAGUGUGUGUGUGUGUGGUGUGUGUGUGUGUGUGUGUGCGUGCGUGUGUGUGCAUGUGUGCGCGUGUCAGUUUUGUUAAAAUUCUUCAUGAGUUUUGUAAAAUAGUGAAUAAACAUUUUGUACUUUG